GUAGAUUUUUGCAAGAAUUAUCGAACGGAAAACCAGGAGCUGUACAAGAAGGUGAUCAUGAAGAAAUAUUCGGCAAUUUUCCUUCUCGUAGCCUUAGUCUGCCUCGUAACUAACAUACCGGCAGCUCAGGGAUUUUCUUACAGCAGACAAGCGUGGAAAAGAGUCUUAGAGGUUUGAACGAACUCUUUCAGUAUCAUCUUUCAGCUGUGAAAAAAAAUAUUCUUGUAUAUGAAUCAGUGGUAUCGAGGUAACGAGAGAAGCGUCUUACUGAGGCUAUCUGGAAUCAAUAUUAAAUCAGAAAAAUCAUUGUUAUUCCAUGAAAAAGUACUCUACAAGUUACUGACUCGGGAAUGACAAUGAUUGAGAGAAUUUCAUGAGCUUUUUUUUCCACAUAAAAAUAUGCAGCAUGCAAAAAGAGGGGAAUUCGAAAUCGUGGAUAAAAACUCACCAACCAUGGUACAAACAAGUCACCUUAAGACAUACGUAAGCUUUUUUUCAUUGUUCGUCAUAAAAAAAACAGAAUGCGAAAAAAUUAUUCUUAAAAAGAAUAUGACAAUAGAGGCUAACUGUAUGAAACGACAUUGUUCACUGAGUAAAGCUUAGUAUCUAAGCACUGCAUGCAAUACAACGCAGAAGCGAUAGCCUGUCUUACAAACUUAGAAAAAACCUUGACAUUUCUGCUUUAAAUCUUUAGUGAGGAUUUGAAAUAAAUACACAAUAGCUAACAUGACCUGUUUAAAGUUUUUCAUGCUUAUAAAAUGCGAGGGAGAAAUCUUCAUUAGUCUGAAGUGUGUCAACUAACACUUUAUAACUGCCAUAUGUCUAAAGAAGUUAUCAUUUGGCAAAACUUUUUUCAUAUCAAAACAGAACUUUUAAACGGUAAAGUAAAUUUGAUAUAAAAAUGUUAGCUUUUUAUGGUACUUUUGUUCAAUGCGUGAAUGAUAUAUUCUCUUUCGACAAAAUAUCUAAUGUGGGUAUUGUAUAUUUAUUAUUGAAACUCCAUUACUAUCGAGCCACUGGAAAUAUGUAGAUGACCUAACAAUAUCCGAGGUCAUCCCAUCAGGCGGUACAUCGUCCCUUCAGAAAGAUCUUGACGCCAUUGCACAGUGGUCGUCGCGCAAUAAUAUGAACCUCAACCCAAAGAAGUGCAAGGAACUUGUGAUUUGUUCGCUUAGAACACGGCCAGAUCUUGGCCCUUUGUGCGUCAAUGGACGUCCCUUAGAACGGGUCUCCUCACACAAGGUCCUUGGAGUCACUAUCAGCGACACUCUUGGGUGGAAUGAGCACGUGCGUGAGAUUGUCUCCAAAGCCUCAAAACGUCUUUACAUCUUAAGAGUGCUCAAGCGGUCCGGAACUCCACCCGAAGACCUUAUUAACAUAUUUUAUGCCUUGGUACGAUCGGUCCUCGAAUACGCCUGCGUCACUUGGUCUACUAGCCUACCAAUUUACCUCAAGGACAUGAUCGAAAGAGUUCAGAAAAGAGCUCUGCGUAUAUUAUUUCCGGCGCUGAGCUACAAAGACGCCAUUGUGGCUGCAAACUCCACUCGCUUAAAUGUGAGAAGAGACGAACUCUGCAAGAAAGUUUGGGACGGUAUCUGUGUGCCUGGGUCACGGCUGUACCACCUUAUUCCACCAAAGCGCGCCGAUUGCCACGUUUAUGAGUUGCGCAACAAAAAACCAUGUAUCACUCUUUAAAUGCCGGACCGAAAGAUUUAAAAAAUCUUUCUUUCCAACAAUGGCGUCUAACGCCCAGUUCUUGUAGUCAAGCAAACCUAAGCGUUUUUCAUUGGUAUAUAACUACUGACUCUUGUAAUUCCCAGUCCCCUUAGACUUUUAAUUUUAAAGUCAAAUGUAAGAUUGUCGUAUUUUUUAAAUAUUUAAAGUAUACUUGUAAAUUCACAUGUAUUUCACCACUGGGGUGCUAUUUUUGAAUACUUUUAAUAAACCCUUCUAUAUAUGUAUCCUUGAAAAAGAAAUUCUUAAGAAAAGAACAGAAUGAAGCGCUUAUUACGUUAAGUGACACGUUUUCUAUUACAUUUUCAGGCGAUGCAUGACACUCGAAGUAUUUGUCAAGAAUUACAAAAGCGCUGUUAUUCUGAGACCAUAAGAGACCAAAGAAAUCAGGCGAACCCUUGA